AUGAAGGCGACCAGUGCACUGUUCUCACGCUCAGUGUGGAAAGGACCACACAUUGUGCCGCUCCCUAUCAUACGACCAAAGGCUGGUGAAAGGACGCCUCCAAUCAAGACGCAGGCGCGGAGUGCGACGAUCCUGCCAAAUUUUGUGGGACUCAUCUUCCAAGUCUACAACGGCAAGGUCUACAAUGAUGUGCGGAUAACGGAAGAUAUGGUCGGGCACAAGCUCGGAGAGUUCUCAGCGACGCGGAAGCGCUUCACGUACAAGCAUUCCAAGAAUAAGUAA